UCAAUUCUUUCAAAAUAAUUCACUGUCAGUGUGUGUGUCUGUGUGUGUCAGUGGAAAAAAAAAAAAAAUAGUGUUUUAUUCUGGAUAUCAGGAUGGCUGCAUUCACAGACUUUAUUAGUCCGUCAUUUGUGGUUGGAUUAUCUUGUGGAAUCAUAUCAUCAGCAUUGCUUUACAAAUUAAUGAACAGCACAAGCCCAGGAUAUGUAGACGAGGAAUUAUCAUAUGGAGAUGCAGUCAACAACAGUGGAAAAACAUACAAAUUAGUCCUUGUUGUUCGAAAUGAUCUAAAAAUGGGGAAAGGAAAAAUUGCUGCCCAGUGUUCACAUGCUGCAGUUGCAGCUUACAAGCAAAUGAAACAAAAAGAUCAAGAAAUUUUGAAACACUGGGAAAACCUUGGCCAACCUAAAGUUGUGGUUAAAGUUGAUUCAGAGGAGGAGCUGCUGUCAAUUGCAGCAAAUUCAAGAAGUAAGGGUCUCCAAACGACUGUUAUAAGAGAUGCUGGAAGAACUCAAAUUGCACCAGGGUCAAAGACUGUUUUAGGUGUUGGACCAGCUUCCUCAGAAAUGGUUGAUCAAGUAACAAAUCAUCUAAAACUUCUUUAAAGUUGUUUUAUGGGUUCUGUAUACUGGGAUCUAUAAUGUGCUUUCUUUCAAAGAUUGCUUCUGGAAUAAACCAUUCAUAAUAUA